GGCCGCGCUGCCCAUUGGCUGCCUCAGGCUCCCGUCCCGCCUGCCCAAGCCAGCGGCUCCCUGCCAGCCACCGCCUUCCUACUGCUUUCGCGGACCAUGUCGGGCUGCAGCCGGAUCGGAGGGGCCCCAGCCAUGGACAUGCCGGAGGUCCUUAAGUCCCUGCUGGAGCACUCCCUGCCCUGGCCGGAGAAGAGGGCAGAGAAGGAGAAGGGGAAGGAAAAGCUGGAGGAGGACGAGGCCGCGGCAGCCAGUACCAUGGCCGUCUCCGCCUCCCUCAUGCCGCCCAUCUGGGACAAGACCAUCCCGUAUGAUGGCGAGUCUUUCCACCUGGAGUACAUGGACCUGGACGAGUUCCUGCUGGAGAACGGCAUCCCUGCCAGCCCCACCCACCUGGUCCAGAACCUGCUGCUGCCUGUGGCCGAGCUGGAAGGGAAGGAGUCGGCCAGCUCCUCUACCGCCUUCUCCCCGUCCUCCUCCACCGCUGUCUUUCAGCCCUCUGAAACCGUGUCCAGCACAGAAUCCUCCCCAGAAAAGGACAGGGAGACACCCAGCCCCAUCGACCCCAACUGUGUGGAAGUGGAUGUGAACUUCAACCCUGAUCCUGCCGACCUGGUCCUCUCCAGCGUGCCAGGUGGGGAGCUCUUCAACCCUCGGAAGCACAAGUUUGCUGAGGAGGACCUGAAGCCCCAGCCCAUGAUCAAGAAGGCCAAGAAGGUCUUCGUUCCUGAUGAGCAGAAGGAUGAAAAGUACUGGACGCGGCGCAAGAAGAACAACGUGGCUGCCAAACGGUCCCGGGACGCGCGGCGCCUGAAGGAGAACCAGAUCACCAUCCGGGCCGCCUUCCUGGAGAAGGAGAACACGGCCCUGCGGACGGAGGUGGCCGAGCUGCGCAAGGAGGUGGGCAAGUGCAAGACCAUCGUGUCCAAGUAUGAGACCAAGUAUGGGCCCUUGUAACCCAAGGCCCCCACCCAGACUCUGCCCGGGGCACCUGGAGACUUGUGACUCGUCAUCUGCAAAUGGCGGUGCACCUGCUCCUGAGCUUCAUUAUAACACGGGCCGGAGCACGGGGGCUUCUGGGCCAGCCGUCUCCUCACUGGCAGGAGCUCCAGUCCGUCAAGAUGUGAAUCGGCCUUAGUUUCUGUCCUUGGCUGCCCCAGCCGAGUCCACAGGGGACCCUGGAGACCCACUCUCUCCUUUCACAGGCUCUGGCCUGACUUGCCAGGGCCGUCUCCGCAGGAUGGCUCCUCACUGAUACAGUCGCCCUCACGUCUUCUCAGGUAGCAGGGCGCAUUUCCCAGUGGUGUGUGUCUGUUACUCGCCUCCCUCCCGCUCCUGGGCGAGUGUCUAUAGGCGGCAGGUCUCUGGACUGUGUGGCAGUCAGGGCCUGUGCUUCACCCUUCUCAGCUCCUGCCUCUUUCCCCUGUAGUAGCUCUGAGGUUGGGAAGUCCGGAGGAGGCCCUGGCCAUCAACCCUCACCCAGGUCUGUGACCAUAAGGCCCCAGGAUACGUCUCAUCUCCUCUUCUCCAGGCCAGUCAUGGCGGCUGCCCUUGCGUCUUCUUUCCCAUGCUCUGGGUCUGUUGUGUCUUUUCAUCACCCAGUAACCAACCUCAAAUCUUGGACUUAAAAGGAAAGCCUGCCGCCAUCUGGGAAGCUUUACCUUCCUGGACCCCAGAAUUCGCCAUCCCAGGGGAUACAGAGAACCAGCCUCCUCCAGAGCCUCCCUUCCACAGUGUGCACAAGAGCUGGGGUGCUCCUUGAGAAGCACCCAUAUUUUCUUGCUCUGCUCUGCCCUGACCUGGCUCAGCUGAAGCGGCAGAUGGCACCUGAGCUGCAGGCCUGUCUUCCUGUGUGGCCCACCCACAGGGCUUAGCAGGCAGCCCAGACCCGGCUGCCCAGAUCAAGGGGAAGCCGUGUGGGAUAACAGUCUUUUGGGACAUUUACCUGGUCAUAGGGGCUUUCGGUCUUGGUCCCCGGAGCAGGAGACACAGGCCCUCACACGAACUGCAGAGUAGAGGGGUUCUUGGUACAUCUGUUCCUGCUCUGCAGCCUCCUUCCUCUUGUGGCUGGACCUGCCUUGGACUCUGCCCAGAUUAGGUGAGGACAUGCUGCCCAUUUUGGUCAGUUAAGGCACCCUGCCCUCAAAGCAGGCAGCUGGGGUGGAUAGGCGUCGGCAGAGGGGUGCGCUUGAUCAUCUGUCCACUGGCUUGAUUUUCAGGUGGCAGCUCUGAGGCUCCGGCCCUGGCCUCUAAGACUUUCCAUAGACACUAGUGGGCAGCCCAGGGGAGGACAGCCAGGCUGUGGCCUGACCCCUAGGGCACACCCACUCAUGCAUCUUUCUGGGGACUUGACUAGAAUCCCAGAGGCCCCAGGAGGUCCCCCCACUCUCCAAGCCCCUUAUUUUCUCUCUGGGGUUUUGGCCAAACCAUGUACACGCUUUCCACUCUUAUAACCACACACGGGGCAGUUGCAUCGGCAUGUCAGUGUCCUGCCCGGGCUGGGUGCCUGCCCAGCGCUUGCUCUCUGGUCCGGCCACCCUCAUUGGUCCUUGGUGGGAGGGACUCGAGUGACUCGGCUCUUCAUUCUCUUGGCCAGAAAGCAUACAGUUUGUGUGUGUUUCAAUUUUCUUUCUUUUUCCCCCCAGAAUGGAAACUUAUCCUGGGCUGGCACCCACAUGCCAACCCAGAGGGUAGAGUGACAGCUUGAUGGCUCUCCUCCCUGGGGCAGCGGGGGUCUGGGUCCUUCCUGAAGUGCUCACUUGGAAAGAAGGGGGCUGAGAGGGGGAUCUCUGAGCUGAGCCUCUUCAUUUCGGGAAGCUGACAUUUUGGGGAGAAGGAAGUGCUCAGGUAAGCCAUCCCUGAUGGGCCCUCCCCAUCUUGGGACUAACAGGGCUUGAGGCCCCUGCGUCCAGGUCUUUACAUCUGGACAGCAUUCUCGGCUGGAGUAGCUGCCUGAAGGGGCUUCGCCUGUGUUUCAGAUGGGCCAGGAGGGCCGACUGCUCCCCAAGGGUUUGGUCUUCAGCUUCAAGGCAGCCUCGUUACAAACUCAGAACAGACCAAUCAUGAAUGAGCAAGAAUAUUGCAAGCAUAUACAUAAAUGUAUAUCUAGGUAUAGAAGAGAUAUAUAUCUAUAUAUAUCAUUAGAGAGAGAAUUUUCCAGAUUGACAGUAGCCUGGCAGAGGACAUGGGUAACUGAACUCUUAGUUGAAAGAAGAGGUCUGGCUGACUGGUUCCUGAGGUUGGGGAAGCACUUCUCCAUGAACCUUAACUUUUGAUGAGUGUCCCCCACAUGAGAGGGGCUCUGUGGCCCAGGGAGGCAGGUGGCGAGGGUGGAACCAGCCAAGAAGGCCGGCUGGGGCCCGGGGAGCUGUGCUCCCCUCCAGGGAACACUAAGGGAGGGCCCAGGAGCCCAUGGUUUCAUUUGAGCCCCAACCCCAGAGCUCCUUUAACAUGUUGAUUUAGUGCAAUAAAUUUUUCUAGAAAAUGGCAAAGAUGACUUCCAGGUGGCUAUUGCUGUCUUACGGUUUGGGAAUGCGGGAACACCACUUGGUUUUAUUUUUCUACGUGCAUGUAACGUGUUAGCGUGUGUGUAUGUGUGGCUCCUUGCCCUCCCCGGGAGCUAGCAUGCCAGCGGGCCCCUCUCUCCUUUACCUUUUUGUUGGGGAGAGGAGGCGGCCAGAGGAAGACCCCAUGGGCCCAGCUGGAGAGAGCAGAAGUAGACUGGAGCCUGUUGGCCUUAUGUGCGUGUGUGUCACUGCUGGUGGCCCAGAGUGAUGUGGCGGGAAGAAAGCUGGGAAUGUGUCCUUUUCAAAACAAAUUAAAUAUUUUGAGAAGAGAA